UCCAUAGUCAAUAUGUUGUUUAUUUGCACUUAAAUACUGCGUCAAUAAUCUGAAAAAGAGAAAUAGUCUGAUUAUGGCUAGAGAUUCUGUUUGGAGGCUAAGGUUUCCAUCAUGGACUGCUUUCAACUGUUAUAUUUUAUGGCACAGAUUCAGUGGGAAUCUGAUCUGCUAAAAUAUUUGGGCUGUGAAAACUCCCACACUGUGACAGAUGUCAAGUCCAAUUAAGCGACUCAUGUCCAGGUUUCUGUCCAAUAGGAUUUCCCAUUAAAUAUCAAUUUAGGGAAAAAAAUUCCAUCCCCCUUCUUAAGCCUUUAUCUCUUCCACCAUCUCCAGGCUGAAUCAAUUGGUACCAGGAGAGCCAAGAAGCCACACACGCAUCUCUGCCUCUUUGCUCUGGCUCUCCCACCCUCUCCCGUCUUUCUCUGCUUCCCUGUCACUGUUACUCCGGGAGACGUUCACUUUUCACCAACCUUUCUCCAAGUAUCUCCAAGCCACUGACUAUAUAUAUUUUGCUACAAGAGAUCCAGAAGAGGAAAAAAGGCACGAGACUUUUCAACACAUCGUUUAAAAAAAAUCAACAACGAAUUUCCCGAAAUGUUUGAGAACAAUUAAAAGGAAAAGGCGUUUUUGAUCUAUCCACUAAGUGAACAAUCAUUCAUAUCGUCCACAUCCUGAGAUACUAUCGUCCCUCGCUGUGGGCACCAGCGAGAUGACAGCUGCUUUUUCAUUUUUGAAUGUAAUAAAUAUUUGCUGCUUUUAAUAUAUUUCGGAAUUUCUCCCCGCUAUUCCCUGGAAUUUUAACUCUAAAAGAUUGGAGAAAAGAUUAUCGAAAAGGCUUUUACAAGCCACCAAAAUGAUGCUGAGUCCGGACCAAGCCGCCGACUCGGACCACCCCAGCUCGGCGCACUCGGACCCGGAGUCGCUGGGCGGCGCGGACGCCAAGGUGCUGGGCAGCGUGUCGGACCUGGAGCCGGUGGAGGAGGCCGAGGGCGACGGCAAGGGCGGCAGCCGGGCCGCGCUCUACCCGCACCCGCCGCAGCUGAGCCGCGAGGAGAAGCGCCGGCGCCGGCGCGCCACGGCCAAGUACCGCUCGGCCCACGCCACGCGCGAGCGCAUCCGCGUGGAGGCCUUCAACCUGGCCUUCGCCGAGCUCCGCAAACUGCUGCCCACGCUGCCCCCCGACAAGAAGCUCUCGAAGAUCGAGAUCCUGCGCCUGGCCAUCUGCUACAUCUCCUAUCUCAACCACGUCCUGGACGUGUAGGACGGGGGCGCCGCGGGAGGCCGCCGGGCCGCGGGGCGGGGAAAGGCUCCCCAGCGGGGCGGCCCGGCGGCCGCGAGAGACUGGGACGGGGCAAGAGGCCCGCCACCUGUUCCCUCCGUGCAGCAGGGCGACGAGGGCAGGCUUCUGACUCUGGACGGUGGGGUUGUCUGGCGAGCCCGGGGGCUCGCAGGGGGUGUUUUCCAGGCCAGGCGAACCUCCUGGAGGGCCCCGAAAUGAGCCGCCUCCACGCCUCCUCUCCGCGUGUUAGGAUCCCUUUAAGGCUUGUUUCUUUAGCUCGCUGGAGACUUCGAGUUCUCCUCCGUUUAUCUGCCACAGAGCUUCAUGUGUUGAAACAAUGAGGGCAGAAGCUCAGAGUGUAUAUAAGCUCAUAACUUUAGACGAUCUGGAAUUUUUCUAGUUGAUAAACAUUCGGAGGGGUGGGGAGGGCAUCUCCUCCAGCGUGGAGAUUUAAGGCACAGAAAGGAACGGGAAACUCUUCGUUCCGUUGUGAAAAGAAAGAUUAUAUUAGAAUCCAAAUAAAACAAACCCCGUAUAUUUGGGAAGGUUAAAAAGAUACAUCGAGAACAGAUACAUUGUGGGAAGAUUUGAGCUUGGUGAGAUGUAUGACACUCACGUAGACAGGAAAAUCCAUAUUUAAAUGGAAAAGUUAAUGUCUGAUUGCUUUUUCAGGCGAAGUGCCCCUUUAUAUAUCCAAAAACAUCUAUUUGUGACCUUAAACAUGUGGACCCAUAGGUGCAGUUAGCAAAAGACAACCUAUUUUUAUUUAUGUUAGAAGGAGUAGAGUAUUUUUUUCAAGACAUUUAUUUUUCAGAGUGGUGAUAAUUUUACUUUGGAUACUCUGUGCCAAUUUAUUUAUAGUCGAGUGUUUACACUUUCUCCUGUGGAAUAAUUACGUCUAACUUUUUACGUGUUUGUUGAGAUUAUACUGUGGUCUUUCUUUUUGCUCUAAUUAUAUUGCACUUGUAUAACAAAUGUCCCACUUCUCCCUGUUUCUAAGCAUAUUUUAUAUAUUAAGACGUUCGUUCUCGAAAGGUUCUUCUGUUGUGAGAUCAGCAACACUAGCACUUCACUAUUAUAGUUUUUUAAAAAAGUAAAUGUUGUUAUUCUUAUCUGUAGUUAUGUCUGAAGAGUACUUUACAAACUGUUUAUAAGGAGAGUAGCUUCUUUGUGUGUGUGUGUGUGUGUGAUGUUUGUGCGUGGGAUGAUUUUAGGAAAUUAAGUUAUUUUCCUAAAAAAAAAAAGUCAGAACUACUUUCCUCUGUGACAACCAAAAAGAAAAGUCUAUAACCUGAAAAUGUUUCAUGUUCUCAGCUGUGAAACUCUUAGAACAAGGAGUGUAUUUUAGAGACAAGGGAAAAAAAACCACAUCUGCUAUCCAAAGAUUUUAGUCUUUUUCAGGGUUUUUUUGUGUCUCUGUUGCUUUAUAUAAUGCAAUAUUUUGUAGUGAAAAUAGAUAUAAUCUGGUUUCUAUCUGACGAGUUUUUCAUAUCUCAUGAAUGGUGCGCUGUUUUGCAUAUAAAUAAAGGUAUCGAAUAAA